GACCAAUUUUAAUUGGCUGCUCACUGAAAAUAACGGGCAGAAUUUAAUUUUGGAGAGAGAAAAUUAUUUUCUUCACAUUUCAAAAAAAAUUGGGGGUUUUUCUCCAAAACCCUAGCUGCCGAUUUUGGAGACCUACCUUGCUAGUUGCUGCUGCCGGAUUUCCUCCAGCCACCGUCUCGCCGUCUCGCCGGAGGAUCCCAACCUCCAGGAUGGCUACUAAUGAGGGGGGUUCAAGCAUACCUUCCUUAGACACCGUGGAUCCGGCAAGAAAGUAUGGUAAACCGGAACCUACUAAUAAGACCAAUUGGCAUUGUAGCUUUUGUGGUAAAGUGACAAAAGGAGGGGCUCUACGAAUGAAGCAACAUUUGGUAGGAGGUUUUAGAAAUGUGACCAAGUGUCCUACUUGUCCCGAGCAUGUGAGGGAGGAAGUGAAACUUUUUAUGAUCAAGAAAGCACAAGCUAAAAUUGAUAGUCAAAUGAUGCCAAGGGUUAGCCAAUUUGAUCAUGAUGAUGAUGAUGAGGAAGAACAAGAUUGUGAAAUCAUGAAUUCAAAAAGUAGCCAACAACUACGCAAAAAACCAAAAGUCAAGGGUCCUAUGGAUUUCUUUGUCACUACUCAUUCCGAAAAUGUCUUGAAAGGUAGAAAAGAUAGAAAAGAUAUCUUUGGUGCUUGUGAGAAGCAAUUGAGAGACAAGACUUGUAAAGCGAUUGCAAAGUGGUUUUUUGAUGCGGGGAUACCGUUUUAUGCGGCUACUUAUGAUAGUUUCAAAGGCAUGCUUGAUGCCGUUGCACAAUAUGGCAUGGGAUUCAAGCCACCAAGCAUGCAUGAGCUAAGAGUUCCUCUCCUCAAGAGUGAAGUAGAGGAGAUUGAUAAACUAAAGGAAGAGCACAAGAAAGAGUGGGCAACAAAAGGUUGUUCAAUUAUGUCCGAUGGAUGGCGUGAUUCGAUUGCCUCAAAAGACAUUGUGAACUUUCUUGUCAACUCUCCAAAAGGCUCUUUCUUCAUAAAAUCCAUGGAUGUUUCCAAUGUUGUGAAAGAUGCGGAUUUGUUGUUUCAUAUGCUUGAUGAUAUGGUAGAGGAAGUUGGAGAACAAAAUGUAAUCCAAGUGGUGACGGAUAACGCAUCCAAUUAUGUUAAGGCCGGAAGAUUGUUGGAGGCUAAAAGACAACAUCUUUAUUGGACUCCUUGCGCCGCACAUUGUUUGGACUUGAUGUUGGAAGAUAUUGGGAAAAUUCCUAAGGUCAAGAAUGCUUUGAAGAAAUGUAUCUUCAUGAAUGGUUAUAUAUAUAAUCAUAUAUCUCUUGUGAAAUUGAUGAGGAAAUUCACAAAUCAAAGGAAUUUGCAUAGGCCGGCGGUUACAAGAUUUGCUACAUCUUUCAUUACUCUUGCUCAAUUUCAUAAGCAAAAGAGUAACUUGAGGAAGAUGGUUACUUCUCAAGAGUGGAAUACCUCUAAGUGGUCAAAGGAUGUGGGAGGAAGGAAAAUAGCAACAUACUUUUUGCAAGACACUUUUUGGAGAAAUGUCUUAUAUGCUCUUAAGUUGACCGGUCCACUAGUUAAGGUGCUUAGAAUUGUUGAUGGAGAGAAAAAGCCUCCUAUGGGAUAUAUUUAUGAAGCUAUGGAUAGGGCUAAGGAGACUAUAUCUAAGAGUUUUGGAAUGAAAGAGGAGGAAUACAAAGAAGCUUUUGAGUUCAUUGAUAAAAGAUGGAAUUGUCAACUUCAUCGACCUUUGCAUGCGGCCGGUUAUUAUCUAAACCCCGAGAUCCAUUAUGAUAAUGUUGAAAAUGUCGAAUGUGAAGAAGUGAUGUUGGGUUUGUAUGAUUGUAUUGGAAGGAUAGUUCCGGAUGUUGAAACUCAAGAGAAGAUUCUUUUGGAAUUGGAUUCAUUUAAGAAUGCCACCGGUCUCUUUGGUCAUUAUAUGGCUAUAAGACAAAGAAAGACCAAAUCCCCAGCGGAUUGGUGGUCUAGUUAUGGAUCUUCAACUCCCGACCUCAAGAAUUUUGCCAUAAAGGUUCUUAGCCUAACUUGUAGUGCUACGGGUUGUGAGAGAAAUUGGGGUAUUUUUCAACAACUUCACUCCAAAAAGAGGAAUCGGUUGGCACAAAGUCGUUUGAAUGACAUGGUGUAUGUGAAAGAUAAUCGAGCUUUAGAGCGCCGAUAUAAGAGAAAAGACACCAUUGAUCCCGUUCUUUUGAGAGAGAUUGAUGAGAGUAAUGAGUGGUUACUUGGGAGAAUGGAAGAGAAUUCUUCGGAUGAUGAAGGUGAUCUUGUAUUUGAGGGUGAUGACUUGACAUGGGCUAGUGUUAGUAGAGCCGCCGGAGCCAAUGAUCCAAUCUAUGGCACUAGAGGAGCAACAAGGGUUGCUAGGGAGUCCAUGCCAUCCUCAUCUAGAGUUGAUAAAGGAAAAGGGCCGGCUACUACCUCCACUUCUAAAUUUUCUCGUCGAGUUGAGAUUGUGGAUGAUGAUGAAGAGGACGAGGAAGAGGAUAUUGGUGAAGAUGGAGAUUAUCUAGAUGAUGAGGAUGAGUAUGAUGCUAUCGAUGAUGAUGAAGAUUAUGAUGAUGAUGAGCUCUAGGAGCAUAGGGGCGACUAUAAGCUUGAAAAACCGAGUUUGCUUUUCUUUUUUCCUUUUUCUAGUCUUUCUACUUACUUGCUUAUGUUGGUUGUGACUUUUGUGAGCUUGUGACUUACUCUAAGCCUUUGGUUAGUACUUUAGACUCUUAGACGUAUGCCGGUUUGAUGUCUAGUAAUGAAUUAUGCUUCCUUUUGUUAAUUUAUGCAUUUAUAAUAUAAGAAA